AUGUUUGGUUCCCAGCUUCUGCAAAUUGAUUUGUCUUAUCUUCUCACUCAGAUGGCUAACCUACGAAUGGUACCGUUAACAGAAACCUCGUCCUAUCGAUUGCUAGCUCGGGAACAAACAAUUCGUGCUGUCGAAGUAGCAUUAAUCAAGGCCCAUUUGGUUCUUGGAACAGGAAGUUGUAAGCUGAAUGAGGAGAUCAACUCGAACGAGCUUAUUGUGGAUGUAUUGGACGUCCCGUCCAGUGAGCUGGAUGUAUUGGACGUCCCGUCCAGUGAACUGGAUGUAUUGGACGUCCCGUCCAGUGAACUGGACGCAGUGGACGGCCCGUCCAUUACACUGGAUGCAGCAGACGUCUCAUCCACUGCACUGGAUGCAGUAGACGUCCCGUCCACUGCACUGGAUGCAGUAGACGUCCCGUCCAUUGUACUGGAUGCAGUAGACGUCCCGUCCACUGCACUGGAUGCAGUAGACGUCCCGUCGACGUUGAGGAUUCUUCUAUGA